AUGGCGUUGAGGGCCGCGUUUCCAUUUGUUUCGUGGUUGUUAGAGGCGAUGCGUGCACCAACGCCAGUUAGUGCUUUGGUGCACUCUUCUACCCUGGUUGCAGCAGGCAUGGGGUUGUGUGACCUACCCUUUAUCGAUAUUUAUGUGUUUUUUAUUGACAUAUGUUUCACACAAGAUGUUGCUAUCACUAAUAAGUGA